UUCCCGUACAGAGAGAUGGCAGAGAAGCUAGGAAAAGAUUUUUAUUUGUGCGUCAUUAAGUCCGCCGCGUCCGUAUAUAAUCGAUGUGUCAUAGGUCAAACCGAUGAGAUACUCAUUUACAGUCUCCAUCGUGCAGUCAACGGCGCGUUCUUCGGUCGAAACGCCGAGUUUUCAGCCGUCUCAUCCGGCCGCCGGAUUCGGACGCGAUUGGCCCGGUUGACACAAUAUUCACAGAGAAUCCGCGGACAGCAUUCCGCCGUUUUAGCUCGCCUUUGCUCUCAGCGCUCAAAUUCCUUAAUGAAUUGGAGUUUGGAUACGGCGGAGCAGUCAUUAGCGAUUGCAACAGCGACAGCAAGACCAGCGAUUUUUGCAUUUAAUGGACCAAUUACGACAAUCGAUCAGCUUCUGUGCAAAGGUAUCGACAUUGUUGAGCAGAGAGUGCCAGCAGUACAUCUUCCCCCUCAUCUCAUAUAUUUAAAUACGCGAGACUAUGUAAAUAAGAAAAUUGUGAAGCCGGUUCUAAUGCGUGCCGGAAGUGUCAAGCUAAUCGGUAAUCAAGCUGCUAACGCUGCCGUUGAUAGAUUGGAUGGUGCACUAACUGUUGCAGACAAAUACAUGGAUCGUUAUUUGCCAGCGGAUCCAGCUGAUAAAGAAGAGAUUAACCCCACUGAAAACAUCAGCAAAACGUCACGAACGAUCAAACACGGCGCAAGAUUCUCGCGAAAACUACAAAAAAGAUUGACGCGACGCACAUUAGCCGAAGCGCGCGCACUCAAAGAGCAAGGAACGGAAUGCAUUCAUAUCCUUCUGUACGUCGUGGAAUUGAUAGCCACGGACCCAAAAUUAGCGAUGCAAAAAGCAAAGGAGCUAUGGGGCACAUUGAGUCUACCCGAGCCUGAAAAUCAGGCGCGUCCGGAAACGCUUGAACAGCUUCUCGUGCUUUUGACACGCGAAUCCGCACGGCGCAUAGUGCAUCUGGUGAAUGGCACGGCGGCAUUGGCCGCAAGAACUCCGCGACGCUUAGGUCAUCUACUUGUCCAGCUUUCUCAUCAACUACUUGCUGUCGCGGACGCCACAUUGCAGAUGACCCCACUUAUAGGUAAGAGCUCUGCAUCAAAAGAACAAGUGUCUGUCAUACGUUUUGGUAUUGAAAGGUUGAGUUCGACUGCGAAUUUAUUACUGGAAAAAUUCGCUGCAUUCUUAGCUGGUCGCCCAGGUCCUCAAAAGAUACCACGCAUGCGAAACCGCGAACAGAACCACAAUAACCACAUGUCGGUGACUUCCAAUCCUCCAAUAAACGGUAUCGAGUAACGAGCAAGUCUCGCCUGAAAACUGCUACGUGCGGGUUUCUUUCCCCUUUUGGUAUGGUUUUCAAUUACAAGGUCAAAGACACGAGGAUAGAAAUCGCACCAAGUCGCUGCUCAUUAGAAUAACAUUUCAUCGACCGCGUUUACAUCAUUAUUUUUUAUGAUCUUGUAUUCGUGAUACAAUACGUAAUACAAUAAUAGAAUAUAUUUUAUCAUUAGCACAGUAUACCCGUGCUAUACUCAUUUUGUGCUUCUUACAUUAAUCAAAACUAUUCCUCCUACGAUAAUUAAAUGUAAGUGAAGAAAUAAAGGGCCAUCUUAAUUGCGAUAUAACGCAAA